AUGACGGUAACGGAGCUCCGACGGGAGCUGCCGGGGGUUCCCCCGCCUCCCGAGGGGCCAAGCGUUGAUCCGGACCUCCUCGCUUCUCCCACAGCUCACCCGGGCGCCUUCAGCAACCAGGAAACCUGCGCUUCUGCACUCGGGGCUUUGGGCAAAGCGGUGGCGGCGUUUGCAGGCAGGGUUUCGGCUCAGCGGGACGGUGGCGAGGGGCUGGCUCUGCUCCCUGUUUGCAGCUGUGGAGAAACAAGAUACAACAAAGACAAGAUACUGCAAGGUCAAGGAGUGGAUGAGCCGCUCUCUGCAACUGGUUUCAGACAAGCAGAUGCUGCUGGUUUAUUUCUCAGUAAUGUGAAGUUUACUCACGUCUUUUCAAGUGACCUCCUUCGAGCAAAGCAGACUGCUGCCACGAUUCUAGGAAAAAAUAAGUUUUGCAAAGAUUUGGAAAUCAAGUAUGAUGCAAGACUUCGAGAGAGAAAAUACGGUGUUGCCGAAGGAAGGCCUUUGACUGACCUCAAGGCUAUGGCAAAGGCUGUGGGAGAGCAGUGUCCUUCAUUCACGCCUUCCGGAGGAGAAACACUGGAUGAAGUUAGAGAACGUGCAAGGGAUUUUUUUGAAUUUCUGUGUCGGCUAGCUGUUGAAUUGGAACAGAAGGAGCAAGACACACAUGGUGCGGCAAGCAGAAGCUCAGGAACAUCUGAAGAACAGUUUGUUUUCCCUUGGACAAACCACUGCAGUGAAGCAGAACUUAGCUCUGAUAACGGUGGAGCUUCUAAAAUAUUAGAUGCCAAUAUAUUAGUGGUGAGUCAUGGAGCCUACAUGAGGAACUGGAUUGGUUAUUUUGUUUCAGAUCUCAACUGUACUUUACCGACAAAUUUAACAAAGUCUCAGUUGUCUUCUGUCAGUCCCAAUACAGGAGUUAGUCACUUCAUUAUAAAACUUGAAAAUGGAAAUUUGUUAAAACCUGAAAUCAAAUGUGUUUGUCUUAAUCAAGACUCUCACUUAGUGGAUGUGGGAGCUGAAUGUGUAGCUGCAAAAGUGUUUUAAGAGGUUUUUGUAGGGGGAAGUAGUUUUAGAUGACCAUUAUACUAAGUUUGAGAAAGGUAUCUAUAGUAGUUACUGAGA